CAGCAAACUGUGCAUUCAAUGACCUCUGAACUAGUACAGAAAGCCAAUUCAUUGGAUAAUUCAGCGGAAUCAUCCACAGUAUCAUCUCCUCAUGCAAACCCUAUUUCAUCGGGGUAAACUUUUUAUUUUGAUAAUGCUCAGUAUGUGUUUCAAACUAACAUCGAGUCCAACUUUAGUCGCAAACGCAAAUGGGAUGUUGAGCAACCGGAGCAGACUUGUUCAUCAACCGCAUCCGAGGUGAAUGCGGUUUCUACAAAAAAGACUGCAACAGAGAGCAAUCCCAAUCCAUCUGCAGAGCCGGAAUCUGCUAUUGAGUCGACUGCUGCUGCUACUGCUGCUGCUGUGUCUCGUCUAAGUGCACUUCAGCACUCUUCACUAAAACCAGCCUCUGUCCAUUUGGAUCAGUUUGUAAAAGAUAUUGAUAUCAAUGAUAUCAAAAACCGCUAUUUGCUCACCAAUCGUGCUACUCAGAAUAGUCUUGUUGAAGAAACUUCAGUAAAGUAUGUUAUCAGCCAAUGUGUGUUGUAGCUGGUUGCAACUGGAAAUACUUAUUUUUGAAUCCUUGUUUUAGUAUCACUACUCGUGGCAAAUUUUAUCCAGAUAGAAAUCGAGCUACUACAAAAGAUCCACCCUUGUAUUUGCAUCUGAUUGCUCCUACCCAGAAGGCGCUGGAUCUGGCUAUUGAUAAAAUCAAUUCCAUUAUUGAGCAAGCAUCCAUAACUUUAGUGGAGCCUCGUAUCCAUCAUAGUCGAACUUUUUACCAUGAAAAAAUACCUGUCGACAUUGAUGCAACACCUGCCAUGAAUCUUCGAGCCAAGAUUGUUGGUCCAGGAGGUUCGUACAUGAAACACAUUCAACAAGAGACUAGCACUCGUGUUCAAUUGCGAGGUCAUGGAUCUGGAUUUACCGAAGCAUCUACGGGACAGGAAGCAGACGAGCCCAUGUUUGUUAAUAUCAGUGGGAGUAUUGAAAAGGAUGUUCAAUCUGCCAAGCAGCUCUGUGAAGAUCUACUAGAUACAGUUCGAAAAGAUGUCGAGCAACUUAAACAGCGAUAUCAUCCACCACAACACCAACACAAGAUCUCAGCCGGAGCAUCGACUCAUGCUCCGUAUCAAACACCAUAUGCUUCUGCACUACAUCCACCGCCAUCAACCUCACUCUCAACAACAACACCUCAAGCCGCGCCAUAUAAUCAUUAUGUUGUUGGGCCGCCAGCACCUCCUGGGUAUCCGCCCAUCUAUCCUUAUUAUGGUGGGUAUUACGGAUACCCACCACCUCCUCCUCCACCUUUUGGCUUUGCUCCACCACCUCCACUUCCGAAAUCCCCACCACCACCACCACCAUCCUAA